AUGAACUCAGAGCAGGAAAGGCCGUUCGUGUGCAGUGCCCCGGGCUGCUCUCAGGUGAGUCUGAUUGGACAAUGCCAAAGACGAAUGGACAGGUUCCCUACAGAAGAUCAUCUAAUGAUUCAUCGACACAAGCACGAGAUGACCCUCAAAUUCCCUUCCAUCAAAAAUGACAACAUGCUAUCAGACCAGACACCGACCCCCACACGCUUCUUGAAGAACUGCGAGGAGGUAGGACUCUUCAGCGAGCUGGGCUGCUCCAUCGAGCAGGAAUUUUGCAAGGCUCAGGAGGAGGAGGACAGCAAACAGAAUAUCGCUCUUCAUGGGCAGUCAGGCCAUAACCAGCACCAGCAGCCACACUCGAGGAUGAACAAUCAUGAUAGCAGUAUUGUGAUUCAACAGGCCUUGCCCUCGCCUCAGUCCAGCUCGGUCAUCACUCAAGCCCCCUCCACCAACAGACAGAUCGGGCCAGUGCCUGGUUCACUUUCCUCUUUAUUGCACCUGAGGAACAGACAGCGACAGCCACUACCAGCAUCUAUGCCUGGCACACUGCCUGACCCCACUAUGCAAGGAUCGUCGGCUGUUUUAAUGCCUAUGGAGAGGCAAAUGUCUAUGGGCUCCAACAUGAUGGGCAUGCAGGGCCCCACCCACAGCAGCUCAUGCCCCUCACCCCAUAUCCCCCCAAUGCACUCUGAGGCGAAACUGAGACUGAAAGCUGCUCUCGCCCACCAUCCAGGGGGCAUGUCCAAUGGCAGCAUGAACUCCAUGGGUCACAUGAUGGAAAUGAUGUCAUCACGGCAGGAGCACCCUCACCACAUGCACCCUCACCAGCACAUGCAGGGUCCACCCCACGGAUACCCACACCAUGCCCACCAUCACCCCGGCCAUGCACAGAGCGCCCAUCAUCACCAACAGAACCACGGGCACCACAACUCACACCAGCCCCACCUACACCCCGCACACGGACAUCAGACCUCUCCGCACCCGAAUAUGCACUCCGCUGCCUCACAGUUAUCUCCAGCUGCGCAGCAAAUGCAGCCAACGCAGACCCUUCAGUCGCCACCUCCCAGCGGAGGUCGUCGCAGACGGGUCAUGGACGAAGACCCCGACGAGCGCAGGCGAAAGUUCCUGGAGAGGAAUCGAGCAGCUGCCACACGCUGCCGGCAAAAAAGGAAAGUGUGGGUGAUGUCUCUGGAAAAAAAAGCAGAGGAGCUCACCCAAACUAACAUGCAACUCCAGAACGAGGUCACGAUGCUGAAGAAUGAGGUUACGCAACUGAAACAGCUUUUAUUGACACACAAGGACUGUCCCAUCACAGCAAUGCAGAAAGAGUCUCAAGGUUACCUCAGUCCAGAAAGCAGUCCGGCGGGAAGCCCAACCCCUGCAACCCAGCAGCAAGUCAUCCAGCACAAUACCAUCACCACCUCCAGCACGGCACCCAAUCACCGCACAGACAUUAACGCCAUCCAUUAGAGACUCAAACCCUUACCCAACGCACUCCCAUGCCGGACAUCCUGACUGCGGACUGUAUGGACAGACCCACACCUCUGUGCCUCUAUGGCAGCUUUCUCUUCUGUAAAAUGUUUCUGUUUGCUUCAUGUUACCAUUUGAGUCAGCUAAGAAAAAGGGAAGUCUCACCCUGUUAGGAACACGGCUGAUGGGUUGUUGUGGCAACGUGAGCUCUACAUCUGUUCCUGGAUUACAACUGGACUACUGCCUUUACAAGCGAACAGAACACAAAUAGUAGUAGGAGCUGUGUUACGUGCUGUUUUUCCAUUGCCAAAAUGAUGAUGCUGUUUGUAUCCCUUUUGUUUCUGUUGGGAGUUUAUAAUAAUUGCUGUCACAUUCCCCCUUUUAUCCGAUUCUAAAGUAUAAAUUAGGAAAGUCGUUCUCCAUUUGGUUAUGAUCAUGAAUGUAAACCAAAGCAAUAUGAAUCUCCGAUGCGCAUCUAAAUCUGAUUAUGCUCAACUUAUUAGCAUUUUGGAUCAGUUGAAAAGUAACAAAUGUCUGUUAUCCUACUAAACCAUAACAGCAUCGGCUCCUAAUAUGAUACAGGUCAUGUAAAUGAAAUGUUUAUAUCAAGCUGACACACAAGUUCAUGUGUGCACAUGUGCGAGAUUUUGGGUUCCCCAGAGUGGUGAGAUCGCAAGUAAAGUCAUGUUUAAGGUCAAGACAUCUCGCCUUUCCAUUAUCUUCUUCUUGAACCCUAGUCAUUCAGGAGAAUAUUUUUACGUAUGGUACAGAAAAUGUCUGUUAAGUUUGAUGUCUGAUUUUUAUACCAGAUUAAUGCCAUGGAAUUUUUUAUUUUAUUUUACCCGAGGUUAUGGAAAACCUCUAUGAGAGCCAAAUGCAUUGUUAAAUGCAGCCUGAAAUUAGCUUUAGUUUUGGCUCGGACUGUUGUUUGGAUCUUCUUCUGGCUUUCUUACUCCAGGAUAAAUCCAAAAGCGAGGCUGAUGCAUGUCACAGGAUUUAUUUUCAUACAGUAUGUCCCGUUUUAUAUUAGUAUUUGUACGUGCACCGAAAAUCUUAUGAGAUGUGCUUCUUGACGUGGACCAUUGGAAAUUCUGCUGUAAAAUUUUAGGAGCCCAUGUAUUGGAAAUGUAUGUUGUACUGGAGAUACUGUUAAUAUACAGAGAGCAGCUUACUGUUAACAUUCCAAUGUUAUAUUUGUGCCCUUCGUGUAGCUUUAAGGGGUGUUUGUGGAAGGUCUUGUAUACCUCAUGAGUGUAUGAUUAUGGACCAAUGGGCCCGAAGCAGCUCGCUGUCGUUUUGAGAUCUUGAGUCAUGUUUGAAUCCAGACUAAGGUUUUAUUUCUUUAGUCUCCUAGCAGCUUUCUUGACCUUUGCAGCUUUGAUCACUUUGGUUUUUCUCUCAGCUGAGAAAAUGUAGCAUUUUACUCUUUGUAUGCAGGUGCUGAUCUAGACUACGCUAGAUGUCCCUGCUUUCCAAAUGUCACUAUGUGCCUGAACUUUUCUGUCUUAUCUACUUGCAUAGGAAAGAUUGCCAUUCAUUAUUAAUACCCUGCAUUUAUUAUUAAUUCAG